GGGAGCAGGCUUCGGGGGGCAACGUGCUAGCCGGAGACAUGGAGCCACCCGGAGGGGGCCUGGGGCCGGGCCGCGGGACCCGGGACAAGAAGAAGGGCCGGAGCCCGGAGGAGCCGCCCGCGGCUGGCGACGGCGGCAAAUCCAAGAAAUUCACUUUGAAGCGGCUCAUGGCAGAUGAGCUGGAGAGAUUUACCAGCAUGAGGAUAAAGAAAGAAAAAGAAAAGCCCAAUUCUGCUCAUAGGAAUUCAUCUGCAUCCUAUGGUGAAGAUCCUUCUGCACAAUCGCUUCAGGAGGUCUCAGAUGAGCAAGUGUUAGCCCUCUUUGAACAGAUGCUGUUGGAUAUGAACCUGAAUGAUGAGAAACAACAACCUUUGAGAGAGAAAGACAUCAUUAUCAAGAGGGAGAUGGUGUUCCAGUACUUGCACACCUCAAAAGCAGGUAUGAGUCAAAAGGAGAGUUCCAGGUCUGCCAUGAUGUACAUCCAAGAGCUUCGUUCAGGCUUAAAGGAUAUGCCUCUACUUAGCUGCCUAGAGUCCCUUCGUGUGUCACUUAAUAAUAACCCUGUCAGCUGGGUACAGACAUUUGGAGCUGAGGGCCUUGCAUCCUUGCUGGACAUACUUAAACGACUCCACGAUGAGAGAGAGGAAUCUCCUGGAAGCUACGACAGCCGUAAUAAGCAUGAGAUCAUUCGCUGUUUGAAAGCUUUUAUGAAUAACAAGUUUGGGAUCAAGACAAUGUUGGAAACAGAAGAAGGAAUCCUGCUGCUGGUCAGAGCCAUGGACCCUGCUGUCCCCAAUAUGAUGAUUGAUGCAGCCAAGCUUCUGUCUGCUCUCUGCAUUCUACCACAACCUGAGGAUAUGAACGAACGAGUUCUGGAGGCAAUGACAGAGCGAGCAGAGAUGGAGGAAGUUGACCGUUUCCAGCCUCUUUUGGAGGGAUUAAAGAGUGGAACCUCCAUUGCCCUCAAGGUGGGAUGUCUACAGUUGAUCAAUGCCCUCAUCACACCUGCAGAAGAACUUGAUUUCAGAGUUCACAUCCGAAGUGAGCUGAUGCGCUCGGGUCUGCAGCAAGUGCUUAAGGACCUGCGGCUGAUGGAGAAUGAAGAUAUGAAGGUACAGCUGGCAGUCUUUGAUGAACAAGGGGAGGAGGAUUCCUAUGACCUGAAGGGAAGGCUGGAAGACAUACGAAUGGAAAUGGAUGAUUUCAGUGAAGUUUUCCAGAUCCUCCUGAACACAGUUAAAGAUUCAAAAGCCGAGCCGCUCUUCUUGUCUAUCCUACAGCACCUGCUGCUAGUCCGAAAUGACUACGAGGCCAGACCUCAGUACUAUAAGCUGAUAGAUGAGUGUAUAUCACAGAUAGUGCUGCACAAGAAUGGUGCUGAUCCCGACUUCAAGUGCCGACACCUCCAAAUAGACAUUGAAGGGUUGAUUGAUCAAAUGAUUGAUAAAACAAAAGUGGAGAAAACUGAGGCCAAAGCUACAGAGUUGGAAAAGAAGCUGGAUUCAGAGCUAACUGCCCGGCAUGAGCUACAGGUGGAAAUGAAAAAGAUGGAGAGUGACUUUGAACAGAAGCUCCAGGACCUCCAAGGAGAGAAGCAAACAUUGGAUGCAGAGAAACAACAAUUAGCUACUGAGAAAAAGGACCUGGAGGCUGAAGUCUCUCAGCUUACUGGAAAGGUUGCCAGUUUGUCAAAGGAGCUGGAAAAUGCCAAGAAGGAUGUGGCUUCUCUUUCAGCUGCAGUAGUCUCUUCUGUUCAUCUUGCCCCUAGCAGUGAUACUGUUCCCCCUGCCCCUCCUUUGCCUGGCAACUCUAGCAUACCCUCUGCACCCCCACCCCCUCCUUUACUUGGUGGCAUUACUGUGCUGCCUCCACCCCCACCCCCUCCUUUACCUGGUGGCAUUACUGUACCACCUCCACCCCCACCCCCUCCUUUGCCUGGUGGUAUUACUAUACCCCCUCCACCUCCACCCCCUCCUUUACCUGUUGUCAUUUGUAUACCUCCUCCACCCCCUUCUCCUCCCCUGCCUGGUGGAUUUGGCAUUCCUCCUCCCCCUCCCCUCCCUGGUGGAGGUGACAUUCCUCUUCCCCCUCCCCUCCCUGGUGGAGGUGGCAUUCCUCCUCCCCCUCCCCUGCCUGGAGGUGCUGGAAUGCCCCCACCUCCUCCCCCCUUACCUGGUGGUGCUGGAAUUCCUCCACCCCCUCCACUCUCAGGGGUUCCUGGUAUCCCUCCACCUCCCCCAGGAAUGGGUGUGCCUCCUCCCCCCCCUGCAUUUGGGGGUCUAGGAGUGACUGCGCCUCCAGCUCUGCCCCAUGGAUUGGUUCCAAAGAAGCUUUAUAAGCCAGAGGUGCAGCUCCGAAGGCCAAACUGGUCCAAGUUUGUUGCUGAGGAUCUCUCCCAGGACUGUUUUUGGACAAAGGUAAAAGAGGACCGGUUUGAGAACAGUGAGCUAUUUGCCAAGCUCACGCUUACCUUCUCAGCCCAGACAAAAACUUCCAAAGCCAAGAAGGAUCAGGAAGGUGGUGAAGAAAAGAAGUCAGUGCAAAAGAAAAAAGUAAAAGAGCUAAAGGUAUUGGAUUCAAAAACAGCCCAGAAUCUCUCAAUCUUCCUGGGUUCUUUUCGUAUGCCCUAUCAGGAGAUCAAAACUGUCAUCUUGGAGGUGAAUGAGGCUGUUCUAACAGAAUCUAUGGUGCAGAAUCUCAUUAAGCAGAUGCCAGAGCCAGAGCAGCUAAAGAUGCUGUCAGAACUAAAGAAUGAAUAUGAUGAUCUGGCUGAGUCAGAACAGUUUGGUGUAGUGAUGGGCACCGUGCCCCGCCUUCGACCCCGACUCAAUGCCAUUCUCUUCAAGCUGCAGUUCAACGAGCAGGUAGAAAAUAUCAAGCCAGAGAUUGUUUCUGUAACAGCUGCUUGUGAAGAGGUACGAAAGAGUGAGAGCUUUUCUGGCCUCUUGGAAAUAACCCUGCUCGUGGGCAACUACAUGAAUGCUGGCUCUAGGAAUGCUGGUGCCUUUGGCUUCAACAUUAGCUUCCUCUGCAAGCUUCGUGACACCAAGUCCACUGAUCAGAAGAUGACACUACUGCAUUUCUUGGCUGAAAUGUGUGAGAACAGCUACCCUGAGGUCCUCAAGUUCCCUGAUGAGUUAACCCAUGUAGAGAAGGCUAGCAGAGUCUCUGCUGAGAAUUUACAGAAGAACCUGGAUCUAAUGAAGAAGCAGAUUUCAGAUGUAGAACGAGAUGUUCAGAACUUCCCAGCUGCCACUGAUGAAAAAGACAAGUUUGUGGAGAAAAUGAGCAGCUUUGUAAAGGAUGCCCAGGAACAAUAUAACAAGCUGCGGAUGAUGCAUUCUAACAUGGAAACCCUCUUUAAGGAACUAGGAGAUUACUUCCUCUUCGAUCCCAAGAAAGUGACUGUGGAAGAAUUCUUCAUGGACUUAAACAAUUUCAGGAAUAUGUUUCUGCAAGCAGUCAAGGAGAACCAGAAGCGACGGGAGACAGAGGAAAAGAUGCGUCGAGCAAAGUUAGCCAAAGAAAAGGCGGAGAAAGAACGAUUAGAGAAGCAGCAGAAGAGAGAGCAGCUGAUAGAUAUGAAUGCAGAGGGUGAUGAGACUGGUGUGAUGGACAGUCUCCUGGAAGCCCUACAGUCAGGUGCGGCAUUCCGAAGGAAGAGAGGACCCAGACAAGCCAACAGGAAGGCCGGAUGUGCAGUCACCUCUCUACUUGCCUCAGAGCUGACAAAGGAUGAUGCCAUGACUCCACAUUCUUCUAAGGUGCCCAGGAUGAGUGAGGGAACCCGGGACAUCCACGAUGAAAAUAAGGAAUUGAUUGGUCGUGCGAGUUAGGCCUGGGCUUUGCGGCAACACUGGCUGAACAGCUGAGCCCAAGGCAGCCCUGCCUUGUAGCAUGAGCCUAAGGGGUCAAGUGGAUUUUCCUCUAUGGCAGCCCACCUUCCCUGCCUCCAUUCUUUGGCCUGCUGCUCUCUGUAUAGCAUACACAGCUUUAGCUGUCUGGAGGCAAGAAGGAAAGGGCACCUUGGAAGAAGCCCUGGACACCCACUCAGCACUGGCUGUUGCAUUACCAAAGCAGGGACCAUCUCCGCUGCCUUAACCCUAACUAUCUUUCCUUUGUUACUGUGGUGCCACAUCUCAGGUGGUGCCCAACCUGCUUCCUCAGUCCCUGGCUCCAAAGGAGCUCACCCCAAGGUCAAUCUUGCUGGAUUUGUGUUCUUUCUGCUGUCUUGUGCCCUGCCGUGGCUUCUCUAGCCCUAGGAACCACAUGGGGUUCUUGAACUUUCUGACCAUAUUUUUAGAUCUCCUAUCAUUGCUGCCAUUCAUGCUUUCUUCUCCCUCUCUCCAUUUGCUAUUGAUAUUUAUUGUUUGUGGUGAGGUGUGGGUUGCUGCUUCUAAAGAAAUGAGGAGCAGCUCUUACCCUCAUUCCCCUCCCCUCCCCAGGGAAGGACUCCUCCUCCCAGCUUCACAAAGCAAAAAGAACUGGACCACUACUAUCCAGCUGUGGCAUGAACUAGAGCACCUGAGGAAAAAUGACCCUAGAGUCUGAGCAUUGCUGGACAGGGCAUCAAGACAGGACAGCCUCCCCACACCCUCAGCUUAACUGAGUGUCCUGUUUACUGUCCCUCCCUCCCUUUGUCUUCUGCACUUGCCCCCCACUGCCCUUGUUAUUCUUAGGGCCUUGGCUCAUCUUCCCCUGAAGUUUCAGCUGUUGUAUGGCUGCAAAAGGCCCCCAUCCUCUCCAAGUCUCCAGGGAAAGGGGAGGCAGAGCCUCCUGGCUAAGAAAUUGUUUUGCAAAUGGAUCUAUUUUUGUAUAAGAUGUUGUUUUUUAGAAAAUAUACAAAAAACCCCUCUUCCCUGUUUCCUGGCCCUUCUCCCUCCUGAAUGUGAGAGUUCCUGGCAUUUCUCCCCUUCACUUAUCCCCGGAGACCAAGACCCGCCUCACUGCCCUCAUCUGAAUGUGUCCCGUGGGCAGGUUCAAAUUCCAAGUCCCCAGCAAUAGUUCUGGAUUAUUAAUUUCUGAGAUCUGUGGGUAGCUUGGUACUUUUUCCCUGACCAGACAAGGCCAGGCCAAGGAGCUGAGAGGACCCAGGUACUGCUGAGUUUUUUAUAAAUUUAAUAUAUUUGAAGAGCCAAAUGUGCAAAUGCUAACUGGGCACCACCGUGGGGGAGGAGAGAAGUCUAGAUUAAGGGUUGGGGCGUGGGGUGGAAUCAUGUGAGUAGGAUGCUCUGGAAUCAUGGCAGUAGGAUGCUCCAUAGGCCCUGUACCCUCACCCUGCACUGGAUACAAUUUUGUGCCAUAUCCCCUAGCAAGGUAAAGCUAGAAUUCCCAAAUGCAGGGGAUCAUCCCUGCUCUCCUCAUAUCCCCUUCAUUUCCUUACUCAUAGAUAAGAAGAAGAGAGUGGGGCCCUCUAAGUUUAAUCCCAGGAAUGGUAGUUGCUGGGACAAGAGGAAGGGUUAGGAGGAAAUCUAGAGGCCUCAAGGGCAGAAAAGGAAUUCUGGGAGUUGGGGAGGUCCAAAAUCCUGGGCUUGGGAUUUGGGGCAACAGCAGCUGCUAUGAGAACUUUUUUCGAAUGCUGUGGUGUAGGGAGUACUUGCUACUCCCAUUGUCCCUCCCUGCUGGCUGACACUUGGACUUUGAGCCUUUCUUUUUUAAAUCACUUUUGCUAAGAUGCAUUUGAUAAAAAAAAAUAAUAAUAAAAGGCAAGAUACAAAUCUAUUUCCCUCGCCUCUCAGGCUUCUGGGACAUGUCAUCACCUCUGAUUUGUUGGAUUUAUUUGUUUCAAACUGUUAAUAAAACAUUGGAAUGGUA